AUGUCAAAAAAGAAAAGAGUGGCUGUGUCGUUUGAUUUAGAGUCAGUUAAACAUCGUAUGAGAGAAGAAGAUGUUUACGCAGACGGUAUUCGCAAGCAUCUUGAUGCGCUCAGAAAUGUCGACAUAAAGCGCGUUGCGUCGACACUGAAAGAAGCCGAAAUUCUUCAAGUUUUGGUAUGUAAGCUUGGCGUUGAAACAUUAGAAACGUUAAGAAAAGCAGCGCAACACGUUCCGAGGAAUAUUUGUAGAGUUGUGAAUGAAAAAUCCUUACGGAUCGACUACAUCCAUAAAAUUUUCACACUCGUGUCGACAAAUGUUAACAUGGCAAUACAAGAUGUCGAGUUUUAUGUAAACAUAAUGGAAUCGUAUUGUCCAUCCCUUUUCUUGACGCAAGACGUGGACGACAAGCUAUUAGAGCUAACUAAGUCGGAAAAUAUGUCGUUCAUCAAGUUUCUUACGCCACCCGUUAGUGCGUGUCUUCGAUGUGGCAAGUCAUUGACGAUGCGAAAUUACCCUGCGAAGGUUAAACUUUUCUCUGUGAAUGGUCCAAUACCAUGCUCCAAAAUAACGCUGGAAUGUAGAGAUUGUUCCUGUGCUUAUGGUGUAUGCAAUUUCUCGAACAAAGAGGGCACUCAUCUCUAUCCAAUAGACACCAAAGUCAAUAUUGUGGAA